UUCAUAAAGACUCACUGAGUUCGCGGAAGACCUGAAGAACAAAAACUGAUCAUGUUUUAUUGAAUAAUGUUACUGAACCUUUUCCUCGGAACGAGAGUCCUCGCUCUUCUUUGUGUCGUAAAAUGUGGCAUUUGCGGUGGAAAUGCGGCCUCUCACUCUCUGAAGUACAUCUACACUGCUGUCACUGGGGAUACUGACUCCCUAGACUUCACCAUCAUGGGUUUGGUGGAUGAUGAGCAGUUUGUGCACUAUGACAGCAACAUCAGGAGGAUGAUCUCCAAGACUGAGUGGAUGGAAAAAUCAGUGGACAAGCAGUACUGGGACAAACAGACUCAGAAAGCGCUCUAUGCAGAUCAGAUCUUCAAAGACAAUAUUGGAAUUGCAAUGCAGCAUUACAAGUCAACUCAAGGUCAACACCUUCUCGAGUGGACUGUUGGCUGUGAGUGGGAUAAUAUGACCAGGACCACAAGAGGGAUUGAACAUUAUGUAUACGACUGGAAAAGGUUUUUUCCUGAUGCCAUAAAAAACUGGAAUUUCAUUCCACCUGCACAGCAGCUGUUUAUCAGUGCAGUGAAAUGGAAUCCAGCUGAGCUUGAGAAUUACAACCAGACCCAGACCUGCAUUGAGUCACUGAAGAAGUACGUGAGCUACAGGAGGAGCACUCUGGAGAGGACAGUUGCUCCUGAGGUGUCUCUGCUGCAGAAGGACUCCUCUCCUGUUGUUACCUGUCAUGUGACCGGAUUCUACCCCCGUGACCUCAUGGUAACCUGGCAGAGAAACGGAGAGCACCUGGAUGUGGAUGUAGAGCUGGGGGAGACGGUGCCCAACGAGGACGGAACUUUCCAGACCACAUCUAACCUGACAGUGAAGCCUGAGGACUGGAAGAGCCAGAAUUACACCUGUACCGUACAGCACAAGAGCCUGAAACAGGACAUCAUUCUGCCUGUCAAAGAGGAGAACAUCAAGAUUGCUCCUGAGGUCUCUCUGCUGCAGAAGGACCCCUCCUCUCCUGGUGUUACCUGUCAUGUGACCGGAUUCUACCCCCGUGACAUCACGAUAACCUGGCAGAGAAACGGAGAGGACCUGGAUGUGGGCGUAGAGCUGGAGGAGACGGUGUCCAAUGAGAACAGAACUUUCCAGACCACAUCUAACCUGACUGUGAAGCCUGAGGACUGGAAGAGCCAGAAUUACACCUGUACUGUACAGCACAAGAGCCUGAAACAGGACAUCGUUUUGCCUGUCAAAGAGGAGAACAUCAAGAUUGCUCCUGAGGUCUCUCUGCUGCAGAAGGACUCCUCCUCUCCUGGUGUUACCUGUCAUGUGACCGGAUUUUACCCCCGUGACAUCAUGGUAACCUGGCAGAGAAACGGAGAGGACCUGGAUGUAGAGCCAGGGGAGAUGGUGCGCAAUGGGGAUGGAACUUUCCAGACCACAUCUAGUCUGACAGUGAAGCCUGAGGACUGGAAGAGCCAGAAUUACACCUGUACUGUACAACACAAGAGCCUGAAACAGGACAUCGUUCUGCCUGUCAAAGAGGAGAACAUCAAGAGGAACACAGAUAUCAAGAUGCACUUUCCUGAAGGCAGCAGCCCCCCCAUGGGCGUCAUCAUCGGCUGUGUGGUGGGCGCUCUCAUCCUCGCCGUCAUCGGUGCC